AAGAAUACUACUGGUAAUUUUAAAUGGUGCGCGUAAAUUUCGUUAACCUGUGUAGUGAAAUCUUAGGUUUAAAUGUAUCAUCGAAUCAUUGCUCGAUUGAAGAUUUUUCCGGUCGAUUAUCUUUCUGUUCAUGCAAUUGAUAACUCGGCACGUUCCCGGGGUAUACAACAGUAGAGUUACGUGAAUCCACGCGUAUGGAUGAUGAGCAAGUUGUAAACGACGUUGAAUAUGAGAGUGAAACAGAUAGUGUAUCAGUCGGUGAGUGUAUUGACUCGAAUGAAUUUUUCGUGAGUCAUAUCGAAUGGGUACAAAAUCAAAGGAAAAAACAUUUUGAAUUGCCUGAAACUGUCAAUGUUAUUGAAUGUGAGAAUCAGUGCAAGGUGUAUCUAAUCGGAACUGCACAUUUCAGUGAGGAAAGUAUUGCUGACGUCAAAAAGGUUAUGGAACAUGUACAUCCUGAUAUCGUUAUGCUGGAACUCUGUGCUAAUCGAAGUCAUACUUUGACAAUGGACGAAGAAAAUAUCAAAAAGCAACUUAAGGACAUUAAUAUUACGUCCAUCAUUCGAAAGGUAGGUAAUGGUCAAUGCCGAAACCAAAAACGUUUGAACAUUUUGUAAGUUUUUAUGUUACACAUAGCUUAAUCCGCCACCCGAUACUAUAUAUUCAGGCUUGAUCUAUUUUUCAGAUUUCAUUGCUUUCAGUCAAGCUGUUAUAUACAUUGCUAACCACUGUAUAGCUCGGUCAACCAAUAAUUAUUGGAUUAAUCCAUUCUUAUGGUAAAUAUUUGGUCGUAACUCAUAGGCAGACACGGACAUUAAGAAUAAAGGAUAUUCAUAGGUUACUAAUACUCAAUCAUAGGUUCCUUCAAGGCAUCGUCCCCGUAUUUCGAAGCCGCCGACCGAGCAAUACCUGGGCUAGGGAUAGGGUACUGAGUAGAGAUGAAAGGUCGAUUGGUAAGGUAUUAAAUCCUUAUCGAUUAGGAUAACUAAACAUGUGUUACGAAUGCCCAACCAUGGCACACCUCGGCAGGUGGUGUUCUCUGGUGAAGAAUUAGGUCGAGGAAAGGCUGGUGGCAGCCAAACUGAAAUAUGACAUCAGUUCUUAAAGUCAUUAACAUUUGGGCUGUGCCAUGUUAAUAGGUGUAGACUAUCCGUUUGUGUUCCUUGCGAUUAUCUUAACCAAUGGUUGAAGACUUUGAAUGGAACAGCUCAAAAUCGCCUACAAUGACGCAGGAGCGUCCACUUUUUCUUUGCCUUAUGAUCCUAAUUCUCGAAAUCCCUCAUAAUCUUUAUAUUUCAUUAACCUACAUUUUAUUGAAUAAUAUCUAUGCCUAAUCUUUCCUAUUACGACUUAUACUGCUACUACUGUGGAAUUCGCCUCAACAAUUUCAUCUCGCCGUGCUAAUGGGGUAUGGCAACUUGGACCGAUGUACAUACGUACCAGGUUCUACUUUGUGGCUUACUGAGACAGGCAUAUCAACAUAGAAUUUGUCACAGAUGUGCCUAGACCCACGUUUCUUUAUCACAAGUAACGUAUUAGAAACGAUAACAAGAAGAAUUAAACAUCGCGAAUAUGAUUCGGAAAGUCAACGGGAAUAGGUGUGCAUGAAAGGAUACCGGUAUUCCCAAUCAGUGAUCAGGACCAGUUAGUUUGAAUUUACCAACCUGUAUCAGACCCACAGUAAAUGUCUCUCUUUGGCUAAAUAAUCAUUGAGAAAGAAUUUAAUCGCUGAGAUCAGUGCUCUCGGUUGUAUCUACCACAACUUCUAUGCAACUCAGUAGUCAUAGUGUCCACUACAUCGUAUGUUAUCUGUCUAAAACCACACGUCACAGAAAGCAAACAUGGAAAUUCGAAUGUGAAACCCAAUUGUUAACAGUUGAGUAGUUAAAUCGUCAGACUUCUGCCCCUUCAGAUAAGCAUUGUUCUUAUUGAUUUCGCGUUACUAGCAAAUAAAGAAUGAAGAGGUUAACCUUGUGUAUACCAAAUCUUCGUACCCAUAAAAUUUUGCUGCCUAAAAUGAAACCUAGCAACUAACAAAGUAACUUAACAAAACGGAUCAAAUAUUGACCACGAGCCUAUAAAUGCCUUCAAGAUGCUUUACAAUAAACUGUACACCUUUUCAAGUUGAUAAAAAUAUCAGAAUUAAUUCAUCGCGACUAUAAGACGAAAUGUAGGUCUAAAUUUGAAAAGUAAGCAAUUAUUCAAUACUUACAGUAACAACUUCAAGUGGCUUAAUUUGAAAUAUCACUCUUUAUAUUCCCAGUUUUGAAUAUAGUAUCAGUCCGUACCUUUUAUUCCCCGAACUUAUUCGUCAUUUCUGUUUGAUUUUCAACCUUUUAACUUCAUCAUAUCGUUUGCAUUAUUUACUUCAGCGUAAAGCAAGAAUACAUAAUCCGAUAAAUUCUUGUUAGGUCCUCCGUCUACAUUUAUGAUUUUCUCAGCGUUUCCUACACUGUUGUGACGUUUGUUUAUGUAUUAUUUAAACUUGUUUUAUUUUUACCCAGCACGGUGUCAGUUCAGGCGUUUUACACUAUCUCUUGCUUCGACUAAGUGGUUAUUUAGUUGACACUCUUGGAAUGGCACCUGGUGGAGAGUUCAGAGCCGCCGCCAAAGAGGUAAGUUAGACGUGUAGGCUUGUGACAAAUUAUUGUCAUACAUUAAACUCCCUACCUCUUAGUAUUUAACAUUGACAUGCUUCAGUAAAAUGUUUGUUACUGUGAAGUUGUCUGUCUAGUAAUAAUCAAUCAUUCUAAUGUGUUUAUUUAUACUGACUUUUUGUCAUGAUACACGUUUAGUGAUAUUUAUUUACUAGGAAAUAUUUUUUGUGUUUUAUGCGAUACUUUUUGUACAUUUGUUUGGAUGUACCGUAUAGGCGAUGAAGCAGCCUCACUGUCACGUUGUUCUAGGAGACCGUCCUGUAAACAUUACACUUUAUAGAGCUUUGGAGGCGUUGGGUCCGUGGACUAAGCUCAAGUUUUUUGUUGCUCUUCUAUUCAGUUUCCAACCCAUUACGUAAGUAACUGCUUAUAAAUUUACUGUGCUGUAUAAUUUUGUCAGUGAGUAACUUCAACACUGAGUUUUUGUUUGGAUACUGAAGUUAGUUUACAUAUCAUAAGUUACUGUACUUUCUCUCGUUAGGUGUAGUUGCUCUGUAAGCAGUGUUUUCCAAACUUUUGUUUCCUAUUCUAGUCACUGAACACAAACGUUUCUAUUAAAAUGUAACGGUUCCCCAAGUUUCUAGCCAUUCUAGCACUCCACUGAUAGGGUCAAUGACUUGUAGCUCAGUUAGUCAGAACCAUCCGGUUCAUUUGAGAAGCAUUUUGGUUGCUCUUUUUUUGUUAAUUUAUUUUUUAGUCUGUUGAUUUUUGUUUGUGUGAUACAUCUAAUUUUAUUAGUGUUCCACAGCUUUCCAUUACAGUAAAAUUUCUGAUACUGUAAUUUCUUUCCCAUUAGGAAAGAACAAAUUGAGGAGAUGAAAAAAACAGAUUUUCUGGAAAAACUGUUAGUUUCUAUGGCUGGUGAACACCCAGAACUAACAAGGAUAUUGUUAGAUGAACGAGAUCAAUAUCUAGCUCGUUCCAUCUGGGAGGCUACCGGAAUGGAAGAAUAUUUAAAAGCACAAGCACUAAGGCCGAAUUCUACUUCUGAGAUACACAAUCCUUCAAAUAUUGAAGAGUCUGUUGUGCAACACCGUAAAAAUAUUGAUCAGUCUAAUGACUAUUCACUAGAUGGAAUUGCUCACAGUUCUGAACGAGAUAAUUUCCUUAAUGAUCCCUCUCCUCCGCACCUGAGUUGUUGUUCACACUGGCCACCGACCAGUAUAUUGCCAAGAGUUGUUGUCGCUGUUGUUGGGAUAGGUCAUGUAGCUGGAAUCCGCAAAGUCUGGUCAACAGUUAACACAAUUAAAAAACACGAAUUAUGCGUGUAAGUGAAAAUUGUGUACCCAAUAUUUAACAGAGUAAUGAAUGUUCAUAAAUUUCUUACAAUGAAAUCACAUUGCAUUUUUAGUUUUCAACUAUUGACUUUUCAAUUAAAUUGUCCAGCAACCUCAUGUUUUAUUUCUCACCAUCGUUUUCUAAAGUAUUUCAUAAAUAUGUCUCAACUUUAUACAUAUGGUUGAUGAAGCCUAAUUGUGCUCCAUUUGCUUGUAGCUGCGCUUAGAUAGAUGUAUUUUUAUUAUCAAAGCCUACCACUUUUACUAAUGUAAUUUUCAAAACAGGUUAUCACAGCCGAUCUUCUUGAAACUGGCGACAUUAGACAGCUGUUUUUUUUUAAGUUUAAAGCUUCCAAGAUCACAUCUAAAACUGAUUGUUCCCGCGAUAAACACCGCUAUUCAAAGACAAAAUCAACAGUCUACAGCUUCAAUUAGUUUGCAACAUAGUUGGGUCACCAUUCAAUGCAAUUGGCGAGCAUUUACUCCUCUCCCAACUUGAUUUUCUUUGUUUUGCGGCUUGCCACUAAAAUAACUCGCAUUGCACACCUUUUUUAUUGUUGGUUUUUAUGCCUGUACAUUUCUGAAGAGCCCUUAAAAUCUUUCAUUAAUAACCACAGGAAUCAGUUCGACUAAUAGUGUAUAAGAUAUCUUCACUAACCAUCCUACGCUUACCUGGAGCCUAGGAGAAUGAGACUUUUCAGAAGUGAGCAUGAUUAUAUCGACCAACUUUUCACCCUUCAUUAGUUUACCUACCGAGUAACAAUGCAAAAAUAUUUGGACUGAUUUCAUCCCCUUCGGGAUCUGAAUCAAAAACAUUACCGCUGGACUGCUGUACGUCAUUGUCUAGAUUACUCUACAUUAACCACCCACUUAUCAUAGAAGCCCUAUUAGCCCUUUUAGUUUGGUAUUUGGUGAGAUCCCAGUAGAAAACGUAUACUGCCUAGCAAUACAUUACAUGUUACCAUAAAUCUGUGAACCAUGCUCUAUGAAAGACUUGUAAGCCGCAGGUUUAUGACGAUAAGUGUCUUUGAAUUAUUGCUGUUGCAUCGUGGAACGACCGAGUAAGCUAUGUUGAAGCCAGACGCAGUAUACUAAGCAAAGCUGGAAAAUCAGUUGAUGAAGAGGUGAAUCUACAUAGACUGAGGUGGUUGAAAAGUGUUAAUAUCCCGAACCACCACCAUAUAUAUCUUGAACUUCAAUUGUGGCUAACCUAAGAGUAAGUUGUACGAUAGCCAAGGGCGGGCAUACUUAAGCGGAUGACCAGUGCGUUGGUCUGUCCUAUACCGAUAGAUGAAGACGACCCGUUUGGGUUUGAGUAAUAAUUGCAACCAGAGGUUGAAAAAGUGUAGUGACGUAGCUCGGAAUCGAACGUAGUAAUGUAGAUGCAUCCACUGUUUAUUUCCCUUUAAAUCUUUGCUCCAUAUAUAUAUAUACGGUACUUCUGAACUGUCAGUUAUUCUUUACUUUACAUCAACUUACGAUUAUGAAAGCUUUAAAACAUUUUCAAAAUUUAUCGUCUGUCAGUUCAAGUUGUUUUUAGCGCUAUUUAUGAUGAAUUUCGUUUGUUAAUGAAAAGUUUUAACAUGUAUUACGUUCAUUUAUUCUUUUUUGUAGACUACUUGAACCUCCUCUUUCCUGGCGCAUAUUUAAGUGGUCGUUGCGAGGAGUUUUGAUUUCUUUAGUUGCUGGAGUUGUUUAUGGUGUGUGUCGGUGUUCAUAUAUGUUUGGUUCUUUUGUUUAUAAUCGACUUUUGUAAAUAAUUGCUUGUAAAGCGUAUGCACUAAGCCUGAACUGUGAUUUAGUUUUGUUUUACUCUUGUUGCCCUAUUAAUCCUUUGUAUACUCUAAGAUCAAUAUUCUGUUGUAUAUUUUUCUUUGGACUAGGUUUUUUCGAUUCCUUUUAAACACAUGUUUUCCAUUUUGGCUGAUCUGUUAAUUAUACAUGUGUGUUCUAAAAUGUACUCUGUUUGUACCACUUUCUUAUUGAUUCAUUAUUUAGUUCUCACCUUGUUAUUAGAAAGUUAGUCAACGAUGGGUGGCUUGUAAUAAUCAUUUGAAGGCAAUUAAAAAAUCUACUAAACCUAAUUAAAUAUGUUCACUUUGUUCAUUCAUUUAGUAUUUAUAUGCAGUACGUGUAACUUGGAUUUAAAAUAAGUUAUUCGAUAGGGUAAGAUUUAGUCAAACGACUCAUUUAAAAAAAGACUAGCAAAGUUGGAUGGGUGAACCUUAACAAACAUCUUAAUAAAAAUCAAACUGAUUGGAUUGCUAAAUGUGUUGUAGAUCCUGAAUAUAUGUCGAAUGAAUAGUACGUUUUCUCUUUCACGUCUGCCUUUCCUUUAGAUAAUAAUUUUGUCAGGAAGUGUUAUUUGGCUUCCUUGAUUCCGUAAUUUUAAAGAUUCAGUAAAAGGGUGGUAUUAAUAAUAGUGGUCUUUGUACUAGUAAUUCAGUAAACGCUAAAGAGCGAACUCGUACUGUCAACUUAACCGUCAUUUCCUAAACACAUUUGGUGAUACAUAUGUUAUAUUAGUCAUGAUUCCUAAGGCAAAGUCAACAUUGUGACGUACAUGUCAUGCUUUAGAACUAGUUAUGUAAUUAGCUUCUCGAAUAUCAUUAGAAGCUGAAGUCACUUAGUAUAAUUUAUCCCUUGAAUAGAAUUACUGGUAGUUUCGACAUACUUGUUAUCAAGUGGUAAUAGAAAUUUAUGCAACCUUGGAAUCGUUAUUAUUUAAUGAACGAAUUACAUGGGAUAUAUCAUCUCAUAAAUUCUACUUUCAAUGCAAUACACCUUGCGGACUAUCUGUUUGUGUGGCCAGUAAAUUUUCCUAACAAACUUUACGGGAUUAAUAGCAAGAUCAUGCUGAGAUUAUGGUUUGAAAGUACUUUUGGAAUGAUCUGACGUUAGAUCCGAACUAUUUUUCCGAAAGCUAAAAUCAAAUAACAGCAAAAUUCAAGUGGACGUGAAGUGUUCGAAUUUAUCCAUAUAUGACCCUUAAUUUGUCCUGUG